CCUCAACCAUGUCCUCACCAACCAUGUCCUCAACCAUGUCCUCACCAACCAUGUCCUCACCAACCAUGUCCUCAACCAUGUCCUCUCCAACGACGUCCUGAACCAUGUCCUCACCAACCACGUCCUGAACCACCACGUCCUGCACCACCACGUCCUGAACCACCACGUCCUGAGCCACCACGUCCUGAACCACCACGUCCUGAGCCACCACGUCCUGAACCACCAUGUCCUCACCAACCACGUCCUGAACCACCACGUCCUGAGCCACCACGUCCUGAACCACCAUGUCCUCACCAACCACGUCCUGAACCACCACGUCCUGAGCCACCACGUCCUCGACCAUGCGCUGAAUCAAUACAGAAACCGCCAAAUCCUGGACGUUAUGUCAUUCUGCCAUGUCGAGCUCCAGUCGGUGUCCCCGUAAAAGCUGUUAAGUGGACUAGAACUGACCUUCAGCAAUACGUCUUCUUGAAGCGAGAAGAGUACCUGGACCCAACACACCAACAUCCAUCUUAUGUGAACCGGGUGUGGCUGAAGGAAGAUGCGAUGAUGAAGAACGGUGAACUGUCUCUGGUUCUGAACAACGUGAACAGCAGAGAUACAGGAAGAUACAUGUGUUACUAUACGACGACAGGAGACAGCUAUAGAGAUGAAACGUUUAAACUCACCAGCACCGUCUGGCUGAAUGGUAUAGACCCACAGAUACUAGUAGAAUCUGGACAGACUGUCGCUCUGCCAUGUCGAGCUCCAAGGAACGCCAUCAUAAGAGGUGUUGAGUGGGUCAGAUCUGACCCUGACAGACAAAUCUACUUCAAGCGAGGUGGGCGCCUGGUGACAGCAGACCAGGAUCCAUCUUAUGUGAACCGGGUGCAGCUGGAGGACGAUGAGAUGAAGAACGGUGACCUGUCUCUGAUUCUGAAGAACGUGAACAAAAAUGAUGAAGGAAAAUACGAGUGUCGAUAUGUAGAGGGGAGAGGAGGACGCAGGAAGAGAGCUGCAUUUGAUAAUGAACUCAUCAGCAUCGUCUACCUGAUUGUUACAGGUGGAAACUCAAGGGAUGGAAAACACUCAGAGUCUGGAAAACUCUCAGGGAGAAGAGAUUCAAGUGUAAUUGUGCCAGAUCUGAACAAGCCUGGACAUCUUGGAGUAAUUCUGCCAGUUACUCUGUUUGCUGCUCUUGUUGCUGUUGGUCUUGUUGGUUUUAUGAUCUUCAAGAAGCGUAAAGGACGUUCAGAGAAUAAUUUAGACCUGCCUGUUGAUGAUUCAGAUGUUCUUCAGCAGCUGCAAGAGAAUUAAAACAUCACUUGUAACAUCUCUGACACUCAGAUGUAAAAACUGAAUCAAAGUAAAACUGAAGAAAAGUUCUGUUAGAAAUCUUGUUUCAGUUAUUUUGGGAGGUUCAGGUGUGACUUCUUAUUGAACCCCUCUUUGGAUCGCCACCUUAUCGUGGUGGAUCUUUCAGCU